AUAGACAAAUCCGAUACGGCGCCAGACUGCUCGGUGGCUACACUUGCCGAGAGACGAUGUCUCCUAACAGCGAUGAUGGUGCUCCAGGGGUCUUGGCCUCCAACAGCCAGUGCUACAGGUACAGCGGACAAGCUGGUAAAACGACGUGUGGCGCAACCUUCUAUUCGAAGAGGCGGUUUUGCUAUUGCAAAGAUGCGAGCGGAGGCAGCUCGGGGGAUCCCCACAUCCAAUCGCUGCGCGGUGCUCACUAUAGCCUCUUGAAGGAAGGCACCUUCCUGGCGUGGAGCUUUUCCAAAGCGCCCGUCGAGUGGCAGCUCUAUGCCCACUACGCAGGUUCAACAUUUACGACCCAAGGGCUCUUGCUGUUGGACAAGAGUCUUGGACGUCGCAUGGAAAUGACCGCGGAGGAUUGUCAAUGGCGCAGCCAGGAAGGCGGGAAGUGGCAUGCGGUCAAGUCUGGCGCACAGGAGCUCUCUUGGAAGGUGCAAACAACUAACCUGACCAGUCCGGACCUUGUGGUGAUGGGAUCCGAAAUCAAUCUCAGCAUGGAAGUUCCCCAAGGCCAGCACAAGGUUGCGCGUCUCCUGUCCCACUGCACCCCCCGGUGA